AUGGCGCAGUACGCGAGGGGCUCUGCCGUGGCAGUCAUCCGGCUCCACAACCCGCCCGUCAACGCGCUCAGUCUGGCAGUUCUCCAGGCUUUAGAGGAUGGGCUGAAGAAAGCAGAUGCAGAUCCCUCAGUGAAAGCUGUUAUGAUUUGUGGAGAAAAUGGGAAAUUCAGUGCAGGAGCUGACAUCCGAGGAUUUUCCUCCCCGAAGAGACACGGACCCGGCCUGGGCCCCAUCGUGUCUCUCAUCGAAAGCUGCGAGAAGCCGGUGGUGGCGGCCAUCGAAGGCGUGGCUUUAGGAGGAGGCCUGGAGGUGGCCCUGGGCUGUCACUACCGCAUUGCACACGUGAAGGCUCGGAUGGGUCUGCCAGAGGUCACCAUAGGGUUACUUCCAGGUGGUGAAGGCACUCAGCGACUCCCCAGACUGAUUGGAGUACCAGCUGCUCUGGAUAUGAUCACUACAGGAAAACACAUUCCAGCAACUGAAGCACUGAAGCUGGGCUUGGUUGAUGAAAUUGUGGAAGAAAACACCAUUGAGGCAGCAAUCCAUUUGGCAAACAAAGUGAUUGGUCAGCCCCUGGGACCCCGCAGGCUCAGCCUUAAGCCAGUUCCCAAGCUGCCCAACAUGGAAGCGUUCCUGCGUGAAGCUGCUGCGAAGGUGAAGAAGCAGGCGCGGGGGUGCCUGGCUCCGGAGCUGUGCUUCCAGGCCGUGCGAGCCGCCACCGAGGGGCCCUUUGCCGAGGGCUUGCGGCGGGAGCGGGAGCUGUUCCAGGUGCUGCUGAGCUCGGGGCAGGCCCGGGCCCUGCAGUACGCGUUCUUCGCCGAGAGAGCCGUGCACAGGUGGGCAACUCCCAGCGGAGCCUCCUGGAGCAGCGCUGCCCCGCAGCCCGUGCGCAAGGCUGCCGUCAUAGGGCUGGGAACAAUGGGCCGAGGCAUUGUGACUUCUCUGGUUAAGGCCAACAUACCUGUGGUAGCCCUGGAGCAGGAUCUGGAGUAUCUGAACAAGGGAAGGAAAGCUGUGAUGCUCCUUCUGGAACGUGAGGCUAUGAAGACGGAAGGGGGUGCCCAGACCCUGGAUUUCCAUAACCCCGCACGUCUCCAGUUCACUGUGGACUUUGAUGUGUUGCGUGAUGUAGACCUAGUCAUCGAGGCUGUGUUCGAGAACAUGGCACUAAAGAAGGAAAUAUUCCACAAGCUCUCAAAGAUCUGCAAGCCAGGAGCCUUGCUGUGUACAAACACAUCAGCCCUGAACAUCGACGAAAUAGCUUCUGCCACGAGCCGCCCACAGCAGGUCAUUGGCACACACUUCUUCUCCCCUGCCCACGUGAUGAGGCUGCUGGAAAUCAUCUAUGGCCGCCACACGUCCCCCACCGCCAUCGCCACCGCUAUGCAGCUGGCCAAAGCCCUGAAAAAAGUCGGAGUGGUGGUAGGGAAUUGUUUCGGGUUUGUUGGGAAUCGCAUGAUGUUUCCGUACGUACAACAAGCAGUUUUCCUUUUAGAGGAAGGGAGCAGGCCAGAAGCAGUAGAUCAGGUUCUUGAAGAUUUUGGGUUUAAGAUAGGCCCUUUCCGCACGUCUGACCUCGCCGGGCUGGAUGUGGGCUGGAGGUCUCGGCAGGGCCAGGGCCUGACGGGGCCGUCCCUCCCCGCAGGCACACCGGCCCGGCAGCGGCAGGGCCGGCGCUACAGCCCCCUGCCAGACCUCCUGUGCGAGCACGGCCGCUUCGGCCAGAAGACCGGCAGGGGCUGGUACCGCUACGAGAAGGCCGGGGGCAGGACAGCCACGCCAGACCCAUGGCUCCACAACUUCCUGUGCCAGUACAGAGACACCCAUGGCAUCGAGACCCGCUUUAUAGACCAGGAGGAAAUCCUGGAGCGGUGUUUGUUUUCCCUCAUCAACGAGGGGUUUGCCAUCCUGGCUGAGGGGAUAGCGUCAGGCCCGGAGCACCUGGAUGUCAUUUACAUCAAUGGCUACGGGUGGCCGAAGCACACGGGUGGCCCCAUGUUCUACGCCUCCACUGUGGGGCUCCCUCGCGUGCUGGCUAAACUGCAGAAAUACUCUGAGGCCCACCCUGAUGUGCCCGGGCUACGGCCCAGUGCCUUUCUGAAAAAGCUGGUGGCUGUGGGGAACCCCCCCCUCAAGGAGUGGAUGUCCUACCUGAGUCGGCAGAGCCCCAAACUGUGA